CUCCCUCUGUGUGUGUCUCUUUCUCCCUCUGUUGUGGUUUCCCAGAUACAACUCCAUGUUUCUGACUGGGAAGCUCUGAAAGGAAAGCAGAACGCACAUUGCAGCUUCUGCUCCCAUCUUGCACACAUGGAAUAAUCCUCAGUCCUGCAAGCAGGACUGACAGCCGGCACAGAGUCCAGGCAUCAUCUGGACUCAGAUGUGAAGUUUUGAUUUCUCGGAUUUUCUUUAUCUGUGAGAAGCUCAUUUGCUACAGUUUGAGAACUAGCUCUGGCCACAGACAGUUUGGAUUGGGACUCCUGAGGGCUCUUCUCUGUCUGGAGCUAACAUUUGACUUCAGAAUGACAUUAGCAGCUAAAUUAGAGGAUAUUGAAGUGACGCUGGAGCACCUACUAAUGGAUGUGUUCAUGACGGAGGGCCGCAGAUGCCAAGUGCACCUGCUUGAUGACAGGAAGCUGGAGCUCCUCGUUCAGCCAAAGCUUUUGGCCAAGGAGUUGCUUGACUUGGUGGCAUCUCAUUUCAACCUGAAGGAGAAGGAGUACUUCGGAAUUGCAUUCACAGAUGAAACGGGACACUUGAACUGGCUUCAGCUGGACCGCCGGGUGCUGGAACAUGACUUCCCCAAAAAGUCAGGACCAGUUGUUUUGUACUUUUGUGUCAGGUUCUACAUUGAAAGUAUCUCCUAUCUAAAGGACAAUGCCACCAUUGAGCUAUUUUUCUUGAACGCCAAGUCCUGCAUCUACAAGGAACUCAUUGAGGUUGACAGUGAAGUGGUGUUUGAACUGGCUGCAUACAUCUUGCAGGAGGCAAAGGGAGAUUUUUCAAGCAAUGAAGUUGUAAGGAAUGAAUUAAAGAAGCUGCCAGCCCUUCCAACGCCAGCACUGAAGGAGCAUCCUUCCCUCGCUUACUGUGAGGAUCGAGUCAUUGAACAUUACAAGAAACUAAAUGGUCAGACAAGAGGUCAAGCAAUUGUGAAUUACAUGAGCAUUGUAGAAUCGCUCCCAACAUACGGAGUACAUUAUUACGCAGUAAAGGACAAGCAGGGAAUUCCUUGGUGGUUAGGACUUAGCUACAAGGGGAUUUUUCAAUAUGACUAUCAUGACAAAGUGAAACCAAGAAAGAUCUUCCAAUGGAGGCAGCUGGAGAACCUCUAUUUCCGCGAGAAGAAGUUCUCGGUGGAGGUGCAUGACCCGCGCAGGGCAUCUGUGACCAGGAGGACUUUUGGGCAUAGUGGCAUCGCUGUGCAUACGUGGUACGCCUGUCCAGCACUAAUAAAGUCUAUCUGGGCUAUGGCCAUUAGUCAACAUCAGUUCUACCUGGACAGAAAGCAAAGCAAGUCCAAGAUUCAUGCUGCAAGAAGCCUGAGUGAGAUUGCGAUUGACCUGACUGAAACUGGAACGCUCAAGACCUCAAAGCUGGCCAACAUGGGGAGUAAAGGCAAAAUUAUCAGCGGCAGCAGCGGGAGUCUUCUGUCAUCAGGUUCCCAAGAGUCAGAUAGUUCUCAGUCUGCCAAGAAAGACAUGCUGGCUGCACUGAAAUCCAGGCAAGAAGCUUUGGAAGAGACGCUGCGCCAACGCUUGGAAGAGCUAAAGAAACUGUGUCUCCGAGAAGCGGAGCUCACAGGAAAGCUGCCACGAGAAUACCCCUUAGAUCCUGGGGAGGAGCCGCCUAUUGUAAGGAGAAGAAUAGGAACUGCCUUUAAACUGGAUGAGCAGAAAAUCCUGCCUAAGGGAGAGGAGGCAGAGCUGGAGCGCCUGGAGAGGGAGUUUGCCAUUCAGUCCCAGAUCACGGAGGCUGCCCGGCGCCUGGCGAGUGACCCGAACGUCAGCAAAAAGCUGAAGAAACAGCGGAAGACCUCCUACCUGAACGCCCUGAAGAAGCUGCAGGAGAUCGAAAACGCCAUCAAUGAAUAUCGCAUCAAGUCUGGAAAGAAGCCAACCCAGAGAGCCUCCCUGAUCAUAGAUGAAGGAAACAUUGCCAGUGAAGACAGCUCCCUCUCAGAUGCCCUUGUUCUCGAGGAUGAAGAUUCUCAGGUCACCAGCACAAUAUCCCCUCUCCAGUCCCCGCACAAAGGACUCCCUCCCCGGCCACCGUUGCACAACAGGCCUCCUCCUCCGCAGUCGCUGGAAGGCCUCCGCCAAAUGCAUUACCACCGCAACGACUAUGACAAGUCCCCCAUCAAACCCAAGAUGUGGAGCGAGUCAUCCUUGGAUGAACCCUACGAGAAGGUCAAGAAACGUUCUUCUCACAGUCAUUCCAGCAGUCACAAGCGGUUCCCCAGCACUGGGAGCUGUGCUGAGGCAGGAGGGAGCAGCUCGCUGCAGAACAGCCCCAUCCGGAGCCUUCCCCACUGGAACUCCCAGUCCAGCAUGCCAUCGACGCCGGAUCUACGGGUACGCAGUCCACACUACGUCCACUCCACACGGUCAGUAGACAUCAGCCCGACCAGACUGCACAGCUUAGCUCAGCACUUUAGGCACCGGAGCUCCAGUUUGGAGUCACAAGGCAAGCUCCUCGGCUCAGAAAAUGAGACAGGGAGCCCUGAUUUCUACACCCCAAGGACUCGUAGCAGUAACGGCUCUGACCCCAUGGACGACUGCUCUUCCUGCACCAGCCAUUCUAGCUCUGAGCACUACUACCCUGCUCAGAUGAACCCCAACUACUCCACCCUGGCAGAGGACUCCCCAUCGAAAGCCAGAGAGCGGCAGAGGCAAAGGCACAAAUCGGCAGGCAACCUGGUCUCUUCCAAUUCAGGGAGUAUGCCCAACCUGGCUGCGAGGAACGGGACGGGACACCACCGCGUCUACCUGCACAGCCAGAGCCAGCCCUCCUCCCAGUACAGGAUCAAAGAGUAUCCCCUGUACAUCGAGGGCAGCUCCACACCCGUGGUGGUGCGGAGCCUGGAGAACGACCAGGAGGGACACUACAGCGUGAAAGCACAAUUCAAAACCUCCAACUCCUACACGGCGGGGGGGAUGUUUAAGGAGAACUGGCACGGGGAUGAAGUAGACUCUGUCAGGCUCACCCCCUCCCGCUCCCAAAUCAUAAGGACUCCAUCUCUGGGCAGGGAAGGCCCUGAGAAAGGCUCGGGUCGGACUGCCGUGUCGGACGAGCUGCGGCUCUGGUACCAGCGGUCCACGGCCUCCCACAAGGAGCACAGCCGCCUCUCGCACACGAGCUCCACCUCCUCGGACAGCAGCUCCCAGUACAGCACAUCUUCGCAAAGCACCUUUGUGGCGCACAGCCGGGUCACGAGAAUGCCUCAGAUGUGUAAAGCAACAUCAGCUGCCUUACCUCACAGCCAGAGGAGUUCGACACCGUCAAGUGAACUAGCAGCCACGCCGCCGGGCAGUCCCCACCACAUUCUCACGUGGCAGACUGGGAGCUACAAUGAUAGCUGUUUCCUGGAUUCUCCCCUCUAUCCAGAAUUAGCAGAUGUCCAGUGGUAUGGGCAGGAAAAAGCCAAGCCUGGGACUCUAGUGUGAACCCCUGACCUCAAGUUAAUCACAUCAACGCCAUUCUGAGAUCACCUCACUGCCUCUCAUUUGCCUUACCCAGAUGCACUGUCACCCAGCACCAGCUUCAACUCUAAGCACUUUUCUCGCGAUGCAAUUCAAGGCGGCAUUAACGGGACGCAGGCCCCGAGACAUCCGCAGCGGCAGAGCACAGCGCGUCCCCUCACCGCGCCGCCGCCGGCAGCCACCUGAACGGCCACUCAGCAAUGUAAAAGUUGAUUUUCCUUUGAAACGAUGGAAGCCCUUCAAGGCUUACAUCAACUCCCACUGUUCGGCGGCAUGUAACAGCAGUUAAGAUUUCCAUGACCUGCGGUCUGAAGCCAACAGAGCAUUCGUUUAAAAGGGGGGGGGGGGAGGGGGGAGUAAAAUGAGGCAGAGGCUGAGAAAUAGCCCUGAAAGUGCAUUUGUAACGAAACAGUAAAAUCCCCUCACUUCAAAGACGUGUCAGAGCCCCGCAAUGAGAUCUGCCCUGCCAAAGAUCACCACACCGACGUCGGCAGGAGGAGUUUGCUCAGCAGGUUCUAGCUACCAGAAGAGCUCUCUCAUUUAACUCAACGGCCAACACAACCACCUCCUGCAAAACGGCGUUUCCUUCCUCGCUUUGAGCCCACCGCCUGCGUGCAAGUAGAAUAACCCAGCGUGCUGAAGACACACUGGAGGGCUGGGCUGGUAUCGCAGCGUCGCUGUCUACAAGCUACUAUGGAACGGGACAAACAAGGUUGACAAAGGCAUUACCUGAAGCAGAGGCAAGUACUGCUACUCACAGCAUCUCUGUGGCAGGCACAGGUUGCACACCAAUACAGAGAGAGGUUGGGGUCGCGGGGGUUGGUUUUGCACGCUCUGAUGAAGAUAAAAAUUGCCCCAAAAACCUUUUUACAAACAGAUACAGCCAGUAAAUUCUGAUCGACUUCUGCACAAAGCGUUACCAGUGAAAUCAAAGGGAAAGCACAUCGCAAGCUAAUUGACAGGUAAAGCUGCAUUAACGCAUCUGCUCCGCUCAUCUUCCCUUCGUUAGCACCAGUGUAGCAAAGGGCUCGUCAGGGUGUACUGCUGUGUGGGAGAACCGGUCUGCCGGGAAACCCAAAGGCUCCGCAGGCAGCGGGGCUGAACCACCAGCAGACGAGGCAAAUUUUCCCAUUGCAAGAAGAGACCACAAGAAAGAGAAGCAACGAAAUUAGGUGUUGGGCACCAGCGAGAGCUGCCUGCUGAUACCAAAAGGAAUGGUAGGAGCGCGUCACGGAAGGAGCUGCAAGUUUACACAUACUUUUGAGCAAUGCUUUAUACGUGUCAAGCCAUGGAACUUUAAAAAGGCCUCAAAGACACUUUUGUAACGAACAAGUGCACAAUCUAGGUGGAUGUUGAAGCUGGCACGUCUAGUCUUCACUGCGGUGCUAUGCUGUUUUUAUUGCCACUAGAUGGGGGGAGGUACCUGGCCUUCCCCCGUUUGUGCGUGCAAACGAUGAUUUCCUAUGGGAAAGGCAUUAAAAGAAACGGCUGGAGGGGGUUACUUUGUGAAAAGCAGAAACUGAAGUUAGCUUUAGUUUAAGAAAAAAAGGAGAAAAAAAAAAAAAAAAAAAGCGCGAGUGUGUGUGCGUGUGUGUGUGUGUUCCAAGAAUAACAAUAGCGUCUACCAGACAAAGUAGGGCGAAACAUUUAAAAAUGAAACACCGGGACUGGGGGGGCUGCCACACCUUUUGGUAUUAAGAUUGCUGGAAAACUGCAUUCCAGGCGUUUAAAAGAGAACGGGUUCUUCGUAAUUAGGCUUGGAAAGAUGAUGGGGGGUUUCUAAAAAAUGAACGCAAGCGGCUCUCUGCAACACCCGGGAGAAGCGCUGGGGUGGGUUCCGGGCGCUCGCGGCUGCGCGGCCUCGCUGCCAGGGGGACGCUGGGGCUUGCGCGGGAAAAUCCGCGGCAGAGCCAGGAAGGAAAACUCUUUCACGUUCACACGUGAAGCAUAAAUUAAUUAUCCCUCCAGGAAAGACAAAAAAAAAAAAAAAAAAAAAAACAACCAAACUUUUUUACACCAGCAAGGGGGUUUUACAGGUGGCCACGCAAGCCUCGUGCUUCUGGACCGCCACGAAGAAUCGCCACGGGAGCACAACCCCCCCCCCCCCCCCCCCCCAGUAACUGAAGCCUCGUAACCAACUGCUGGAAGAACAGACAGUGGUGAGAUUGCACCCUUUAUCUGGAUGUGCACAGGGCUGUUUUCACCAUCUCUUUGUGCUUUGGGGUCUUUAACAUGGGAAUUAUUUCAAGCUCCUAAUUGGAUUUUUAGCUGGAUAAGAGAUAGUACCGAUAAGUGACAUUUACUGAUAAGAUUCGGUUGCUAAAGUGAAAGGAUUAAAUAAGGACCAAACUAAGCAGCAGCAAGUAAUUUAGCCCACCGAUUUAUAGGGGCUCUGAGCAACUGUCUGUUUUCUUUUUAAUUUCCCUGGUAAGUGGUUUCGGGUUGUUUGUUUUUUUGUUUUGUUUUUUUUUUUUUUUUUUUUUUCUGUGUACCUUCUUUUAAUUAAAAAGAAUUCAACAGCAGCGGCACUAUGAGGCCUCUGGGCACUACAGGAAGAAACAUUAAUUCCUCCAAGACCAGAUCUGCAGUUUUGCAGCAAAGGUUAAAAGGUGGCAGCCCUGAAAUUAGGAAAAAAAAAAAAAAAAAUAAAAAUAAAUGGUUAGCCUGAAUUGCAAACAGGCUGGAGUAGAGAAAAAGCUUUCUAGAAACGGAUUGAGUUUUGCUUUGUGUUCUGCUUUUCUGUUUUGCAAUCAAGGCACACGUGAGCAGCCAGUCUGGUAGUAAAGACAGAUUAAGUAAAACAGGUUUUACUGUUUAGCUCAAUUCAAUUAAACACAAAUGUACAUAAAAUGUUAAUCAUAUGAGAUUAACAUAUUUAAGUAUAACACGGAGGGGUAUAUACAUAGCUAUUAUACACAAGCACUUGACUACCAACUUAACCCCUCCUUUACUUUUUUAUUUUUCAAGGCUCCAUCUGACAUGAGGCCACAGUUGCGUUCUUAGUCUCCACAUCUGACACUCCCUCUGUUCAGCCAGGCGCCCGGUGCACGGUCCAUGCACCGGGCCGUGCUGGGAGGCAGGGUUUAUUUUUAAAUGAUAUUAUAUGCAGUCGAGUGUUGAAAAUGUUGAAACAGUCCAAUUUGUUUUCACUCUGUAUUAGUUUUAGUUUCAGGCAUAGCCGAUCCCCAUUCAGGUGCUAUCAGAUGACCAGUUACUGCUUAGUUAACUAGAUGUAAAGUUUUACAUAUAUAUUAAUGUCAAUAGUUUUAUUACAGGUUGUGUAAAAUGGACUCUCUAGUUUAAAAAAAGGAAAAAAAAAAGAAAAAAAAUUAGGUCUCCUGAAAUUAGAGCAUGGAAGAUGAUUUUACUGGAUUCUGUUCAACUGUAAUCAAGGAAAAAAUAUGUAUGUUGUAGAAAAAGUUGCAGAAUUAAAAAAGAUCUGCUUUUAAUUUAUUCUUUUUGUAUUAAGAAUUUGUAUAGUUACCUUUACAUUUUGCAAAACAGUGUUGUCAACACUUCCUUAUUAAAGCAUUUUCAAAAUGAAA